AUGUCGCGCGCCUGUCGUCUAGUCACUUCGUUCUUCGCAAAUGCCUGCGACGAAGUCCAUCCACGAUGCGGCAACUGUGCCAAACAUGGUGUCCCGUGCGAUUUCAGCAACCCUGAUGUUCUUGAAGAACUUGCCGUGACAACAAAUACCAGCACCGAAAGCAUUGGCGCACCUACUCCCUCACCAGCACCGACGGUCAACUUCAAUUCCGGCCCAAGGACUCCGUUAACACGCCCACGUGCUCCUUCAAGUCCAGCAAGACCAGCAAGACCAAAUCCCUCCCCACCGACUUCCGUGUACUCUCAACAUUCGAUUACUUCAUCCACCCACACUAUAGACCAUGGCGCAGACCAUGGUGAACGGAUGCUCGAGUUGCGCUUGAUGCAUCAUUACACCAAUGUCACGUCAAAGACUCUUUUAACCAACUCGCCGGCCGCCGAGGAUAUUUGGCAGCGCGCCGUCCCGCAGAUGGCCUUCUCUGGCAAUGGCAAGACAUAUCUCGCCGACGCCAUAUUGUCUGUCGCAGCGCUCCAUUUGCGCUCCAUGUCCCCGAAUGAUAAAGCAUUGGUGCGCGCGUCACACGCUUACUCAGCUUCCUCUCUCUCUGCUUUUGGUGCAUCGCUUGGCUCAGGUAUCACACCUGACAACGCAGAAGCUCUCUUCCUUACAGCGACGUUGAUUGCUUUUCAAGCAAGCGCCUCUCGUAUCUUCGUCAAAGAUGACGGGGAUGCUGCGCCUGGCGAUUCAACAAGUCGAUAUGUUCCCCCGCUCUCUUGGUUCCACGCCUUUCAAGGCGUCAAGACCGUGGUUGCGAAUUCGUGGCAGUGGAUUCACCACAGCGACAUCGUUAAAGUUGUUAUUGAUUCCCAACCCGGCUUCCAGUUGAAUCUUAACCCACGCUCGCCUGACUCGUUUUUUGGUCAUAUGCUUGAAGGGCUAAGGGACGAGUUAAUGAAUGAAGACCCCCGCUUGGUUCCUUCAACCACGCAGGCAUACUCACAUGCUGUCAGCGUUCUCAACUGGGCGCAUAAGAACUACCACGCUGCUGCUGCGCUCACAUUUCCUGCCACUGUCUCCAAGCGGUAUGUUGAUCUUGUUGAUGCGAGACGUCCCCGAGCUCUUGCCAUUCUCGCUUGUUUCUUUGCUCUACUGAAGCGAAUGGACAAUGUCUGGUGGCUGCAAGAUGUUGCUCGCCGAGAGGUUAUGGGCUUGGUCAGCUUAUUCGAGCCUGGAUCCAAGUGGUGGCGACAUCUCGAGUGGCCAAUAAGGAUUGCUCUGUUAGACGGCAGUUCUAUACCGCAAGACAUCUGGGGUACUGAGCUUGAAGAGCAAGCGCCAGAGCAGCAGAACACUGUUGGCUCCAUGACUCAGCAUAUCGAGAUAUUUGCCGAAAUGCUGCACCAGCACACACAACCUCCCAUUCCUAUUGCUGACGAGGAUCUCAUUGUCCCCGACUCACCGGAUUAA